CUUUCUCUCUCUCUCGCGCGCGCGUCCUCAAGUCAACUCUCUUCCCCUCCUUCCUUUCCCAAACACCAUUAAGUAAAGGACAAAAAGCCACCAAUGUGGAAUAAUAGUAGUAAGAAGGAAGAGAGAUUCUAGCUCUUCCUUGGAGCUUGAGAGUCCUCUUCCUCUUUCUGUCUCUCUCCAUGAACUCAUAAAAGCAGUCAUCUUCUCGGAGCUGGUUUGAUGUAAUUGCCAACUGAGGCUUCUAACUCGCAUCGUUUCCAUGCAAAUUAAGCCAUUUUAGAUUGGCGCCGACUCCUCCGGGACAUGAACCAGGCCUUCCUGUUCCAUUGAAUUCGUUGCUGCUUUUUCGGGUCCAUGGUCUGAAUCCCAUGCACUGAGUUGAAGCUCAUACCAAGAUGCACUCCGGGAACCAGUGGGGCGGCGCGUUCGAGAUCCAUGUCGACCCUGCCACCGACGACGAGCACAGCCGCAGCUUGGAUUUGGACCGAGGAGCCCUCUCCCGGCACCAGCUCGACGAGACGCAGCAGAGCUGGCUGCUCGAACCGCAGGACGGCAGCCAGAAGAAGGACAAGUACGUUGACCUUGGCUGCGUCGUCUGCAAGCGCAAGGUGCUCUGGUGGGUCAUUUGGUCGGCUCUGAUUGCAUUUGUCGUCGUCGGAAUUCCCAUCAUCAUCGUCAAGUCAUUACCCAAGCACAAGGAGAAGGCGCCGCCGCCGGACCGGUACGCAAUGGCCCUCCAAAAGGCCCUCCUGUUCUUCAAUGCACAGAAAUCUGGUCGCUUGCCGAAGAACAACGGUAUUCCAUGGCGUGGAGAUUCUGGCCUCAAAGAUGGCUUUGAUCAACCAGAUAUUAAGGGGGGGCUUGUUGGAGGAUACUAUGAUGCAGGGGACAACAUAAAAUUUCAUUUCCCAAUGGCCUACUCCAUGACACUCCUGAGUUGGUCAGUGAUAGAAUACAGUCAAAAGUACCAAGCAAUUGGAGAGUACAACCACAUCAGAGAACUCAUAAAAUGGGGCACCGAUUACUUGCUUAAAACCUUCAAUUCUUCUGCCACCACCAUUGAUAAAAUCUAUAGCCAGGUCGGUGAGGCGACAAAUUCCUCGACGACACCGGACGACCACUACUGCUGGAUGAGACCUGAAGACAUGGACUACCCCCGCAAGACCCAGGUUGCAAGCUCUGCCCCAGACUUGGGAGGUGAGAUGGCUGCAGCACUGGCUGCUGCCUCCAUUGUCUUCCGCGACGACCCCGCCUACUCCAUGAAGCUCAUCAGUGGCGCAGCAACAGUUUACAAGUUUGCAAGGAGCAUGGGCCACAGAACGCCCUACUCCCGAGGGAACCCGUACAUCGAGCCCUUCUACAACUCAACGGGCUACUGGGAUGAGUACAUGUGGAGUGCUGCAUGGAUGUACUAUGCCACCGGCAACAGCAGCUACAUGAGCUUUGUGACUGAUCCGAGGCUGCCGAGGAAUGCCAAGGCCUUCAUGCAAAUCCCAGAUUUCGGGGUUCUCAGCUGGGACAACAAGCUCCCAGCUGCCAUGCUGCUUCUAACCAGGUUCAGGCUGUUCUUGAGCCCGGGCUAUCCUUAUGAGGAGACUCUCCGUGGGUACCAUAAUGCCACAGGCCUCGACAUGUGUUCAUGUUUUAAGGAAUUCCAUGUCUUCAAUUGGACACGAGGUGGACUCAUUGAACUGAACCACGGAAGGCCUCAGCCGCUGCAAUAUGCAGCGGCGACGUCGUUCCUGGCAUCCCUCUACGCCGACUAUAUGGACGCAGCUAAUGUCCCCGGAUGGUAUUGCGGCCCCUACUACUUCUCCACCAGCUCCCUUCGGAGCUUCGCUGCCUCCCAGGUGGAUUACAUCUUAGGAGACAAUCCAAAGAAGAUGAGUUAUGUGGUGGGUUAUGGCAAGAACUACCCGAAGCACGUCCAUCACCGCGGCGCCUCGAUCCCCGACAACGGCGUCAAGUACUCGUGCACCGGCGGGCGGAAGUGGUUAAAUGCCAAAUCCGCCAACCCCAAUGUGAUCACCGGCGCCAUGGUCGGCGGCCCCGAUCGUUCCGACGGCUUCGUCGACGUGAGAAAGAACUACGGCUACACCGAGCCCACGCUAGCCGGCAAUGCAGGCCUUGUCGCAGCCCUUGUGUCGCUGACAAGCAGUGGCGGUGCUGGCGUCGACAAGAACACCAUGUUCUCGGCUGUGCCGCCACUCUUCCCGGCAACGCCACCGCCGCCACCACCAUGGAAGCCAUGAGAGCCCGCUGCUUUUAGUUGGUUGGGGAGGAAUGUCCUGGCCUUUCAUACUUUUGAGUUAUUUGGUGUUUAUUUUUUUUAUGUUUGAGUUAUUUGGUGUACAAGAUAUUGAUAAAAAAGAUUGCGCCAUAGCUGAGAGUUGUACGUUUGAACUUGGAGCCACGUUAGAAAUAAAAAUGACUUGAUUUGAUCACUAA